UGUAUAAAACACAUAUUAUCAGAAACCUGUUGUCAUUUGUUUAUCCACAAAGCGUCGAGGGUUUUCUACGAGAAGCGUCGGACGCCGAAUCGAAUAGCAGUGAGCAGUGCCAUACAAACCCUCCGAGUUCGAAAACUCCCAAAAUCAAGUCCAUGGAUAAAUCGAAGAUUCCCAAGGACUCCAUUGGAGCAUUUGCAGUACAAUGUGAGAAAUGUUUCAAGUGGAGGCUAGUUCCCACAAAAGAAGAAUAUGAGACGAUCAGGGACACCUUCAUAGAAGAUCCAUGGUGUUGCGAGAAAAGGCCGAACGUUACCUGCGAUGAUCCCGGUGAUAUAGAAUAUGAUACCAGUAGGCUAUGGAUUAUCGAUAAGCCGAACAUUCCGAAGCCGCCCCCUGACACAGAGAGAAUACUUAUAAUGAGGAGAGAUUUGUCAAAGUUAGAUGUAAGUUACAUUAUGCCCAAUGGGAAGAGGUUGAGGAGCAGUGUGGAGAUUGAGAAAUUUCUUGAUGCAUAUCCGGAAUACAGAGAUAAAAUUUCUGUAGAAAAAUUUGCCUUCACACCUCCAAAGAUCUUAGAAGACAUGGUUCCCAGAAAUUCCGAAGGAAGAAAUUCAUCAAGGACUAAGAAGUUGAAAACAGUAGAGGAUGAUUAGUGAACGCAUGAGAGAUGAUAUAUGUCCAGCCAUGUUUUCUUUGUGGUUUAUUGUGCACUAAAGGGAUUCUGUUACUUUCAGACAAUUCUCAUUACUUGCCAGGAUUGAUGAUCAAUUCUUAUUACGCAGAUGAUGCAUUGCAUGCCCAACCAUUUUUCAUUAAUGAUGCAUUUGAAAUUGUCCCAUAAAUUGCAGUUCUGGGAGCACUUUCAAAAGGGCAAUUUCAUCAUUAUAGAUUUCAAUGGAUAUUGGUUACCUUACCUACGGUCAAAAAGCAAUACCAAACGAGAACUGCACCUAUUUGAUAUCAUUAGUCAUGUGUUCAUAAUUUUCCUUUGAUUUUAUAUUAUAUGCAUGACUUUAUUUA